ACCAAACUUGGAGCAUUCCAGGCCAAGUUCUCGCCGCGCUGCAACAUCUACACAUAAGAAACGUCUUGCGCCGCCGGUCACAACGCCGGCACGCACCAUUCCUCCUCUACAAACAAUGCCGGCCGAAGGCUUAUCCGACUCUGCGGCGCUUCUUCGCCCAGUUCGUGGCUUCGCCAACUACACCCCGCGCGCGCUGAAGUCGGCUGCCUACCCCAUCCGCGGCAUCUGGUACUUUCUCCGGCAUCCCGAGUUCUAUCCGCUCUUCGUCAGCCGGCUACUCCCGUUAUCCAUAAUCUCCUUCUUGGUCUACUUCAUUCUCUUUGCUUUUGCCUUCUUGCCCCAGUUUCUGUUCCUCCUCAUCUUUCAUGGUCGCGCAGGGGCUGUGAUCAACACGACCGUCCUGGUCUUGGGCGAGGGUUUAGUGGUGAUCCAAGGCCUGUUCGAAGGCUUCUUUGUCGACGAAUGCCGGGUGGACAUCUUCGACGCUACCUUGAUCAACCAUGGCCUCACCGACCUCAUCGCGCCUCAGCGCGUCCUCUUCCUCGAUGCCCCUAACGCCGUUCGAAUGCUCGGAAAGCCGACCACCCGUGCCGAAUACCAACCGUGGAGCCUGAUACAGAUCAUCGAGCUGAUCGUGUUCCUCCCCCUCAAUCUCGUCCCCUACGUCGGCACAAUCGCCUUCAUCAUGAUCACCGGCUCCCGCCUCGGCAAAUUGUCACACCAUCGAUGGUAUAAGCUUCGGGGACUGGACAAGAAAGAGAUGAAGAAAGAGCUGAAAAAGAGGCGCUGGGAAUACCUCUGGUUUGGCACCGCUGCCAUGGUUCUCGAGCUGAUCCCGAUUCUGAGCUUCUUUUUCCUGCUCACUAGCACAGCAGGCGCAGCCAUGUGGGCAGCGAAAAUGGAAGAGCAAUCAAGGAUACGGGUGGGACGGCCAAUUGCUCGCGAGGGCAACACGCACAAUGCCGAUGCCGCGGAGGAGGGCCCGGUGUAUCAUGAUGAUCCAGUGUAAACUCGUGACAACAGGUCUGGAUCUCCUACGCCUUUUCCCACAGACCUGCUGUGGAAACCCACGGU